CCGAUUUCACGUUGAAGUAAACGUUACUAUUACUUUUGUUAAAAUGUCCAAAAACGUAAAUGAUGACUACGAGAAAACAAGAGCGCUUGUUAAACGUUUGGAUGGAACCAUAACUCUGUCUCAUUUACCAGUCGAUGAGGAUAAAAAGUCCGUGAAAAACCUAAAAGUGCUAGACGAAGAAACUUACACUAAGGAUUUAGAAGACAUCAUAGUUAGAGAUUUUUAUCCAGAACUUCCAACCCUGCAGGAGAAAACAGAAUAUUAUGAGGCAUUAAAAAGUAAUGAUCUUGGUAAACUUAGAGAAUUCCAGUUGAAAUAUGGAACUGAAGGAAGACCCUCUUCAGUUUAUAAUACACCAGCAACGUUUGAAACACCAGAACCAGACAGUAGAAAAGAUUCUCCUCAACAACAUUCAAAACAAGAUCAUGUGGAGAAGAAAAAAGAAGAGACAAAUAAAGACAGUAAAAGUGGUACAAAGAAAGUACCAAAAGACCAGUACCUAGCCAAGAAUAUCACUAUUAUUUAUUUCAUAGGUACUAAGAAGUUAUCAUUAGACCAGUACUUAGCUAAGAAUACCAGUGAAGAUAAUGCUUCAUUUACUGAGAUACUGGAAGAAACCCAACAAAAACACAGAGAUAAACAUGCUUGGCUGUUUGAAAAUGAAAAGUCAAGAACUGAAGAAGAGAAAGAACACCUAGCACUACCUUCAGUUGAACAGCAAGCAGCCAUUGAAGGGAACCAUGAUAUAAUCAACAGUUGGAAAUACAAAACUAGAAACUCUCUGAUGUAUGUGCCUGAUGGGGCUGAGUUUAGCAAUGAGGAACUUGUGGACAUGAAGAAAAAGAAACCAAGGAAAAUAGUACAUGACAACACACGCUUUCAAACUAACCCUUGGAAUCGGAAUAAAAGUCGUGAAAUGAUGAAACAAGCUGCAUCGGCUAAAGCCAUGGCAAAUUGUGGUAAAAUAGGACAUGAUGGGAAGGAAAUAUUGCCUUCAGAAUCACCACAGAUAAAUGGAUAUGGAUUUGUGGGUACUCCAUCACCAGCCCCUGGUGUAGACGAGUCUCCAUUAAUGACUUGGGGAGAGAUUGAGAGUACACCAUUUAGGUUAGAUCCUGCAGAUGCUAUAACAGCAACGCCUGGUCCUACAUUUAAGAUACCAGAUGUUCCGAGGAGAGAUGAAAUAGCUCUAGAGUUAGCUGAAAAAGCCAGUAAAGCACAUAGAGAUAAGAAAGAAAAAGCCAUUAAAUCUGUUCAGGCCAGACUUUCAUCGCCAGCAGCCAGAUUUGGUAUGAGUACAACAGACCGUGUAGCUUCAAUGUCUCCUGCAGCACAAAAACUUGUCAACUCUCGAUUCAGGAUUCGUACACAUACAGAUAAAGCUCUCAGAGACAGUUAUAGUCCUUCACCGAUACAUAGACUUCCAGGAGACAAAACUCCUGUCAGACUUACACCAACAAAUACGCCAAAAAGUGUCAAAACUCCAAAUCGGACACCUGGAAGUAAACGUGAAGGAAGUGAUAUUACCUCCCUUACUGACAAUCUUCUCAAAUUACCAAAGAGGAAAACAGCUGCAGAUUUCUUUUAAUGUUGAUAAUUUUUAUCAUUUAUUCAAAGAAAUAUUAAUCCGCAAACACUAAGGUAGUGGUCAAUUAUUUCAAAUUGAUUGAGAGUGAACAUUUCUUUGUGGGAUAGGCUGGAAGAAAUUGAAAGUGUUUUGUGGCGGGAUAUGAUGAAAUUGACAAACAGUGACAUACACUAGCACAGUUAAUGUAGUCUAAGUGUCAAAAACAUAACAGUGUAUGAGGAGGAUACAUGCAGUCUGACAUAAAUCCCAUAAAAGACAUCCUAUCACAAUCCCAUAUAACUUGACAAAAAGAUAAUGCACAGUAUGAUUAAAGGAGAAACUGGUUCUAAUAUGGAAUAUUUUGGUGGAGUACUGAGUAUAAAUAUUCCAGAAAUAUGUCACUCAUUUUAUAUUUAUGAUUGGUUAUUUCAUCGACUUUACACAAAGUUUGUCUCUAUGAAUUGAGUAUGCUUAAAAUAUUUGUCGCUGGACAUGACACAAACAAAAAGCAAUCAAUUGAUCAAUCUUUUUCCUGUUGUUGGCAAAGGAAGAAUUCCGUCACAAUUGGUUUGAAAUAUGUUUUUUUAUCACAACUGCUCUGAAAUUACACUUGUUAUUUGGUUGAAAGCAGGCAACAUGGUUUACAUUGAACAAGAUUUUACAUCUAUCCCCCAAGAAUUUUUGGGGAGGAAAUACUAUUCAAUAACAUAAAUGCUACUGUAAACUUUAUUGAAAAUCUCACGGCAACAAAUUCAUAAAUUUACAUGCAUCCCUACUGGAAAAACUUGCUGCACUGGGCAUUAUAAAAUAAUUAAAGACAUUUUGUGUAUAUAAGUGGAUAAUUUUAAAUUAAAAUAUUUAAAUUCUAAAAAGCAGAGAGUUGUUCUUAAAUAUUGUUUAACAGACUGAAAUUAACAAUUUUUCUAAAAGCUGCACUUUUCAAGCAUAAAAUACAUGAAUCCGUAAAAUGGCAUGCCAUAUAUAUAACAUGUACAAAUUUUAAGACUAAGAUAUCUGAAGUGUUUAUGUAAACAUUAUGUAAUAGAUGACAUGCAUGUAAUUUCAGAACUUAGAAUUCUUCUCACCUAUUCUAUUAUUCAUUUCAUAUUUUGAUAUAUUGCAUUCUACCAUGUUUGUUUGUCCAACAAAUAUAUUUUUCUCUUGUACUACUGGAUAGAAUGACUUCACAUUAGGCUAGCGUCUUGACAGUGAUGAAUUGUAUUGUGGUAGCAUUUUUCUGAUCUGAUAUACACCUACUUUCUGUUUUUUUAUACUUUGAAUUUUUUUACAUUUAUGAAUGAUCUAAAAAAAAAAUAGUCACUAUUCUAUAGUACUAAUCAGGAUUGACAGUUUUCCUGCAGAGGAUGGCGGUUCUCCCUCAGUACUCAGCUGGCUGCCACAAUAUAGUCAAGUGUGCUGAUAGUGGAGUUUAACAUAAAAAUAAUUCAAAUCAAUCAAUCAAUCUCUUAUUUUAACAAUCAGGGGACUUACUUAAAUGAGUGAUUUUCUAAAUCACUGAUUCAAGUAACAUUAUGUCCAUAAAGGUUGGAAGUAAGAGUUGUCUUUCUUUAAUAAUCACCUAUGUAAGUAGUACAAAUUAAUCACUAGACUAAGUGAUUUAAUUUUAUUGUGGCUUUAAAUAUAGAAUACUAAUGAUCCAGGGACUAAUAACCAACAUCUGUGUUGAUAGGAGGACCGGGUCAUGUCAGGUGAUGACCUUGUACUAAAUCUAGGAUAAUGACAUAAAAAUCACUUGUUUAGUAUCAUACCUCAAUUUCCUUACUUCUUUAAGUAUCAUUAUUUUAAUAACCCCCACUAAUUUCAACACCCCCGAACAGUGAAAUUUUGAUCGCGAACAGUAGAAUUUUAUUACAUAAUCUAUAAGAUGAAACCUUGAAUUUUACAGGAAAAAUACUCCCACUGCUGGGAAAAAUCUGUUAAGAAAGUAUCAGUUCAUUAUGUAAAGCCACUUUUAUAGCAUUUUUUCAACUAAAAUAGAAUUUGCAGCUAAAUGAUUACAUCAAAGGCAUAAACCUUGCUGCUUAAAAGAAGCAAAAAGUUAAUUUUUUAUAAUUUUACUAAUGAAAAGAUAUUAUUAUCUAAACCUAUGUGUUUAAAAUUUUGGUAAAACUACAAAAUCACAAUUUGUGACAAAACUUCGAAUUUGCUACUUAAAUAAGUGAUUUAAAAAUCACUUAUUUCAAUAAGUCCCCUGACUGUUUAAUGAACUUCUGUUCAUAUUUAAUCAACAGCUUGGCAGUGAUGAGUUUAAACGGGCAAAUGCUUUUAAGAUCGGUCAUACACUUACUUCCUGCUCUCUGAUACCUCAAAUUACAAGUCAUAUGGUAUGCAUUGUGCAUUCUUGUUUAUGAGGCGGGAAAGUGAAUAUUAUAAAUAUGUUGUUUACUUGCUGUAAUUAUUUUCUUGAUUAUUUCUCAUACUGUUCUUGUUUUACUCAACAAAAUGCAGAUUUAUUAUACACUAUUAAAAAUGAUUUGUAAAUUGAUAAAAACUGCAGAUUAUAAAUCCAGAAAUUGUUGUAUCUGUUAUUUAUCAAUUUUUGCAACUUUUCAUGAGUGGACAUGUACAUAAAUAUAAGAUUAAUUUAUGUGAUUUCUGGAAAUGCUGCAUACAUGACAUAACAUGUAAUGCUAUAAGAAAUUUUAAAUGCUAGUUCUAUGUAAUUAACAUGUUUACCCAAUUUAUUAUGUCUUUAAGGUGAAAUUGCUGUAAGUUUUUUUUAAUAAAAACUUUUCAUUAAGUUUUUCAAUAAAAUAUUUUACAUUA